AUGAAUGCCGUGAUGGUCAAGAUCCGGCAGCGGUCAAUGACCACGUCACACGGCUUGGUGUGGGCAGCUCAGUCUGUCCGUGUUUCCGUUGUUUCGGCGUGCCGGGUCCUGAGGUUCGCCCACUUUAAAAAGACCAAUAAGUCGGGCCUCAACACGAUCAUUGAAGAGAAUGCGAUCCCCUUUGAGCUGUGGCUCAAUCAUGCCAGUCUGCAGGGCCACGUUGACGGACAGCUUGACCGCACUGAGGCGCCCCUGACCCUCACGUUCAUUCCGGGCGCCACGCCCGAGGAACUCUUUGCCCAAUGCGCUGCCGACAAGGGUUCUUUGAGGACAUGGGCUUAUACGCGGGGAGGCCAGCGAACCAAAGCUCGUCAGAGCGACCUCAACGUCCUCAUGGACAAAGGUCGCCCCAGCAAAAUUUUUCGCGACCAAGAGCGCGGCUACGGCAAGGACCUUUUUGCUCUGUAUCGUCAGACUCGCGACGGUACGAAGCCACACAAGGUCCAGCUACUACAGAUCAGUGGCAUCAACGCACGGGACGCGGAUCGCAUCCUGCGCGACGAUGACGUCAUCGCCGCCAGCCGGGAGCAGUAUCUCUUCUUUACCGCACCGGUGAUGAACCCAUAUGCCUUGCCACCCGCCCAUGUGCAGCUCCCAACUGGGGUCCUUCAGGAGAAUGGAGAACUUUCGAAGAUCGGGCUGGCUUUCGCCGGGAUGAAGCGGUGCUACCACUUCGUCCACGGCCUCCCCAACCAGGAGUUGCGCUUCACGGAUUCCGGCCUCAAGAAAUUCCGGCGCUUCGAUGCCUGGAAUUGGCGGCUUGCGGGGUACGUGCAGUAUGUUGACGAUCAAUUAGCCGCUGAGCUGCGCCAGGUCCAACGGCAUCACGCGUUACGAUGUGCUGGAAGUCUCUCUUUGCGCGUGCUCCUCGGCUUGGUCCCGGACGAUGCGACCAUCGACAACACGCGCAUCACGGCCGAGAUCGUGGAUCAAGCUGCACUGACCCUGGCAUCUGUCCUUGGUGGUUUUGCGGUUGGCUUUCGUGGUGUCCCGGCUGCGCCCGGCGCUGCUGUGCGUCGGAGGGAGAGCCCAAACAUGACGUUUCGCGCGCCUUUCGUUCGGUUCCUUCCCCGUGUCUCUUCGUCUGGCCGGUCUCUUGCAGGGGUCGACGCCGCCUCUCUUCCGCCACUGCGGCCACAAGCAGACGGCGAGGUGGGCGCGACCUUGUUCUGCCAAGCGCUGGGCCCGGCCUUUGUACACAUGCUUUCCGAGGAGCAGGUGCAGCUGGACCCCGUUGAGGAGGCGGCGCGCCAGCACAAUGCAGCGAUCCUGGGCUUAAUGCGGGAAGCUGACCUGGGCCAGGCCCAGUUGCAUCGGGGGUGGAGCAAAGCGCAGGGGCAUUCCAAUGCCACGCGCUCCGAGUGGUGGCUCCAACACGUCGCGGCGGGCUUGGCACGCAUGGGACUGGGGAGUGUGCUGCAGGCGUCUGAUGGGCAGCGAUAUGUGAAGCCGACUGUGCUGGAGCUUUCAGAUUCCCACACCGUCGCCCUCUUGCAGACCCAUCUCCAGCUUUCUCCGGAUGCGGUGGCGCGUUCCUGCACCAAGCAUGGGUCCGUCAAGAGUGACCGGUCCACCUUGCCUGCUCCGGCCACGCCUGCGGCCUCGGCCUUGCUGGCGGCUCCUGUCACGCAUGUCGCACCGCAUCCCGCUCCUGCCAUGGCUGCGGCCCCGCUGCUGCCUGUCAUCAGCAAGGCACCUGGAACACCGACUGUGUGCUCCUCACCUUUGCCGACCCUGCUGGAUCCGGCCUCUGGCGUUGUUCCUGCGUCCGCGAACGCAGCGGCCAGCGUAGGCGAGGUUGCACUCACACCUGCCGAGAGUGCGGACGAAGGUGUGCUGCGGACCUUGCACCUCACUGGUGGCACGGACCAGUUGGCGCUCAACAACUUGCGGAACAUCUUCUGCAUGGUAGCGCGUCGCGCGCAGACACCGACGCACCUGGAGGCCUACAUGUUCCUGGAUCAGCGCGUGGAGGCCGAGGAGAGCGACAUUUUGGCGCGGCUGCGGGAGCUGCUGCAUGGCGGACUGGCACGCUUGCCCAACGAUGCUGGGUUGCCGUGGGAGAUGCACGAUAUUUGGCUGCAAUGGCUUGAUCUUGCCUGUGAAGAAUGGCCAGUCUCCAAGUUGCAGCGUUUGGCCGCCGGCGCGCUCCUACGGCCGCCGCGGCACGCUGCUCCUUGCAAGGUGGUGACAGCUGCUGCGCAGUCGACUGCAAGGAUGUGCAGCUGGGUGCCAAAAGAACUGGUCGCGCCCAAACGGUUGAAGCAGCGACCGUUUUGCAUGCGUCUUUCCUGCAGACCCUUUAGUUCGCUUUUCUGGGCGCAGCCAUUCUCCGGCCGUCUUUCACCUCGCCCUCGCGUUCUCCUCCACUCUGCCAUGCUCCGCCCCGGCGUCCGGUGGGCGGAUGUCGAGGAUUCCGAGGACGAAGACAUCCCCAGAGUGCUGCCCUUCUUUGUCAUCCUGCACGCCUUCCUGGCCGGGGUCUUCGAUUACCGCGUUUCCCGGGAGACUCUCGAAACCUUACAGGCGCUCCUCCAGCGGGAUCCGCAUCUGGACGACUUCUCCUCUAUUGUUUGGGUCCGGGCCGGAGCUUUCAUUGAUGCCGUGCAUCGUGGAUCAGAGAGUUCUACAACCCUCCGGCUGUGGCAGGCGUGGCUGCAGUUGCAAGUGUGGCGCGUUGACUUGCCGGUGCCCCUUUCAUACCUCUACAUCUUCGGGUUGACCUUCUGA